CAGUUAAUUUUUAAGCACAGCACGUGAGCCUCUGCAAUAGUUGCAUAACUCUGCCAUUCAGUGUUGAAUAACCAACGUUUUAUAAUCACAUCCCACCCUCAAAAUCAAAGUUGUAUAAAUCGCAAGCGAUUCUUCAUUUGAGUGGCACAAAAUAAAAAAAGUCAUCGACCAACAACAGCUGAGAGAAAAAUCUGGGCACAACAAUGUACUGGUCUGGACUAAUUAUCUUUGUAUUCCUUAGUCUGACAGAAGCUGGGAUAAGUGAUUCUAAACCAGCUCAAUGCAAUGAAGUAAAGGAAUGCUUCAAUUAUGAUGUCGUAUGUGAAACGCCAGAUUAUGAGGUUCGUCAUUACAAUGCUUCAAAAUGGGUUGCUACCAACGCUACGUCCUUCUUAAUGGAAUUUGCGAUGUAUUCGGGAUUCACAAGGCUCUUUCAGUAUAUUCAGGGCAAAAAUGUAGAAGGCAAAAAUAUCGACAUGACAGCUCCAGUUCUGCUGAAGAUACCUCAAGAUAAACAGUUAUUAGAGAGCAAAACCUACAUCAUCCAUUUUUUGUUACCAGCUAAUUAUCAGCAGGAUCCACCAGCGCCCAUUGACACUAACGUUUAUUUCAUUGACUUCCCAGAUAUGCAUGCCUUUGUGAAAUCGUUUGGUGGUUGGUUAAUGACAUGGAAUUCAAAAUCCCAUGCCAAGAGUUUGAAACAGCAGCUGAACAAUGCAGCUGAACAAUUUGAUUCCAGUUUUUACUAUGGCGCUGGCUACAAUAGUCCAAAGACAUUAACUGGUCGACAUAAUGAAGUGUGGUAUAUUGCAGAAGGUAAACCAAUAUGUCCAAUUCAAGCACCAUGACUUCAUCAAAAAGAAGCACCUGAAAAAUCUUCAUGGGACUUAUUUUCUGUCCAUGGUAUAACUGAUAAUAUCUAUAAUCACAGCAUUUAGAUUUUACCUGUGUAGAAAGUAACAUGAAAUUAUUAUCUGUCUGGGUUCAGGGAUCAUAUCUAUGGUAUACUCUUUUUCCACUUUAAAAACACAAUGAUCAUCAAUAUCAGUUUUAGGACUGGUGAAGGGGCGACUAUGUAGAGCAUCCUCCCCUGAAACCAAGCUGCAACAUAAAUUAAAAUAAACCGAUGAAAAUCCUCAGUAGGUUUCCAGGGUCUGUAAGAGUGGCAAUGUUGAUGAUGUUUCAUUUGCACCAAUGUUUUGUUAUUUCAGCCAACCAUUACUCUACUACGGAUAAUUAUUGGUAUUGAAUGACUAGGAAUGGUAGAAAAGUGAUUAUAUUUGUGUUCAAAUCCCACGUGGCAGCUGAGGAACUUAAAUUUAGUUAAUCAAAAAGUUCUGAAAAAAAAACUGGUAUUAGUAAUAGCCACCAUGUAGCCUACUGGAUUUACUUUGUUAGUUAAAUGAAUUAACCUGCAUGAAUAAAACUGGAUUAUAAUCAGUCCCCUAGAGAUGUCCAACACAUCCUCCCCAAACUUGGAUGAGCUAUUCUGACUGAAGAACCUUUAUCCAACACUAAUGGGCAUCUGAAGUUCAAACACAUGAUCAAACGUCAGUGUUAUCAUUUACUCCCAACAUUUACUUACAUUGAGUGGCAAUAUACAGAUCUGAUACAGAGGAGUGCAUCUGUCCUCGAAGUUUUCUGCCAUUAUUGAGGGUCCAGCAUCAUGUUUCAACCUAUCACAUUGGACCUAGGGUUAUUUUUGCCACGGUGGCACAGUGGUUAACACUGCUGCCUCACAGCACCAGGGACCCGGUUCCACCCUCAGGCGACUGUCUGUGUGGAGUUUGCACAUUCUCCUUGUGA